GUGGCAGUUACUCCAGUCCCGCCACGGGUAGAAGGGCGGCCGCGUGCGUCACGGCGCGAUGCCUCCCGACGCGGCAAAAGAUCGGGCGAUGCUAAAAAACAUGGUACAUCGAAGCCGACGGCGCCUCGUGAGCGUAAGUGCCGGCCAGCCCCUGCACGAUGUGCUGCAGGAGUCCCCUCCAAAGCCACCCCCUUGCACGCCCCAUCCGACCCCGAAUAAAGCCACUCUACUCACACCGCAGCGCAACUACGUCGCUUCCGUGCCUUUGGAGCCCAUUUCAAUGAGCGAACACUAUCAGCAGCUUGUGGCAACCGAGAGCCUUCGCGGUGACAAGCACAUUCCUCGACGCCGAGCGAUGCGAGACAAGGAGCUGGGCGACGUGCGGAAGCUCCAGCACAUUGUGAAGAAGAACAGUCAUCGGCGAAACGCCGGCGUGGCGACCUCAAUUGCACAAGCCCACGAGCCUGAGAGAGUAGGACCCAUCGAGCCAGUGCGCGCGGACCAACGCGGCGUCCGCCCCGUCAAAAAGAUCUUUCAAAAAGCGGUGCACAAAAUCAUGGCCCAACCAGAGCACCAGCAUGCGGCGCACCAUGCCCACAGCAUUCACUUGGAUCCGCACAAGUGGUUUGAAGCCCUUCGGGAGAGCGUCGAGGCGCCCACAGCCACAGCCCUCCAGCCCGCGCUGGCCCACACAAAAAUGGAGCCCAUGACGUACGGCGCCACGAUCUUUCUCCAGUCAAUGUCGACACACACCUGUCUUUUGCUCGAAGACGUGCACGGCAAGAGUAUACGCAACCGAACGGCGCCCGACGACCCGCGCCCCGGCUCGUGCUUUCGACUUGUAGACUUUACAAACCCGACACGGACGGGGGCGAUCCACGAUGGCGAUACCAUUUGGCUGCAGCUCGUCGGGCCGCAAAAGCCGCUGCAUCCGUCCACCAACGACGUGCUCGAGGAUUAUGUGACCGAACGUCAGUUCUACUUGGCGCGAUCGACUGCCCCCGAGCUCGACUACUCGGGGCCGACGCCCGAGCUUUUGGUGCUCGCAAGCUUGCUGGAAGUGAGCGUUCCUCGACUGAGCCACUAUGGCUACGAUGCAUCGCUCGGUGACCAUCUACGGUCGCUGCCGCCACCAAUGCAAUUAGCGCAGUGGCACAUUCAGCUGUCGCCGUCCGCGCUUUUGCGCGACGAUCCUUUAGAAGACGACGCACUCCGCCCAAGCGUUCAUGCCGGCGGCUGCCUGCGCAACUUUGCCAUCGUGCACCUGACACUCGCAAGCGAGCAUCUCGGGCUCGAAGUGAAUAGUGCCUCCGAGCGUGCCGUCCUUGCGCCGCCGCGCGCCGAGCGCAACCUGGCCGAGUGGCGACUCUGCCUCUCGGAGCGCGGUCCAUCACCGCCACUGCAAAAAGCGUCCUCCACGAGCAGCUUGACCAAAGCGCAUAUGAGUUUACACAAGAGCCGCGCUCGUGCCGACACCUUUAGCCAGCAACAGUCGCAACUCGCACACGCACGGCAUCAUUUGCACGAGACCAGCUGCAACCACUUGGCGCUCGUCGACAAGGCCAAAGAAGACAGUGCGGCCACGUACUUUAUUCAGAGACUUCAUCAAGAGACGCUCAGCCCGUGAACGACUUUUUGGUUUGCUUUGGUGCACGUCCAUCCGUCGAAUAUAUGGACCUCGCGCCGAGAAGGGUCAACAAAAGUGGACGGUGAAGGUUAUGCUACAGAGCUCAAUGCAAGAAGUAUCGACUAUUUAAGCCGCGUCG